CCCAGUUAUGGAGUUACAUACCAUGUUUCGUAUACAUGAGAAAGGUGCCCAGCAAGAAAUAUUGCGGCAAGAUUCCAAUCCAAACCACAAACACAGAGAACGGGUUUUCAGACCAAGAAUAUCCCUUUUUGGAUUAAAUGAGGAAGAAGUUAGAUCAAGGUAUCGCUUUAGUACUGAAGUUAUACUGGAGCUAUAUGAACAGAUCCAACAAGAUAUAGAGCCGAACUGUGAACGGAACCAUGCUGUUCCAGGAAUGGUAAAAUUGCUCAGUGCUCUACAUUACUUUUCUUCUGCAUCAUUUCAGGGUACAGUAUCCGCUCUCUCUGGUAUAUCCCAACCAAGUUUCAGCAGGCAUCUGACUCAAGUCCUAAAGGCCAUCAACAAGUUAACUCCACAGUACAUUGUUUUCCCAUCAGAUAAAGCUGCAAUACAAACAAUAAAAGAUGGCUUUUUUAAAAUGUCCUCCUUUCCUAAUGUCAUGGGGGUAAUUGACUGUACUCAUGUCGCCCUGUCACCCCCAACAGAAGAUAUUUACAGAAACAGCAAGAAUUUUCACUCUUUAAAUGUUCAAAUGGUAUGUGCAUCUGAUAUGAGGAUUCUUAAUUUGGUAGCUGGAUAUCCUGGAUCUACACAUGAUUCCUACAUACUAAAACAUUCAAGCUUACAUACAAUCUUGACUUCUGGCAAUCUUCCAGAAGGCUGGAUAUUGGGUGAUGAUGCCUAUCCCGUGACAAAGUGGCUUCUCACACCUAUAAAAUAUCCGAAAACGAAAGCAGAAAAGAAUUAUAAUGCAGCACACAAGACUGCCCAUUCAGUUAUUGAGCGCACCUUUGGAUCUCUAAAAAGUCGUUUCCGGUGUCUUGAUCGGUCAGGGGGUGUACUACAGUAUUCUCCAGAAAAAGGAGCACAGAUUAUACUGGCAUGCUGUAUUUUACACAAUUUAGCUGUCAGCCGAAAUCAGCAUGUUGACAUCCUUGAUGAUCUUGAAGCACCACCACCAGUGCCACCUGUUUCACGAGAGGAGAACACCGAAGCAGGAAAACAGACACGGAUCAAAGUGAUUAACCAGUAUUUCACAUGUAAGAAACUUUUUAAUUGCUUAUUUUUCUUAAAAGCUCAGUCCAAUUUAUUUUGCAGCUUUGGGUAUGCCUUUUAG